CCGCCGAGACAACUCGACGAACCAGCAGUGGGUUUCAAGACGUCGCUCUACAUCGACAAUUCGCGACUAGUGCGCGCUAAGUGUUAACAACCGUGUACCCGCGGUAAAGAUCACCAUCGUUAUCGGUUAUACAUUACCAGCUAAAAUAACUAUCGACAGUGUUGUUUUUUUUUACUUUUUCAUUUAUGCAUUGAAAUUAUUGGACAUUUAGUGAAGUCUAUACAGUUAUUUUUUUUUUUUCUUAAUCGGAUUAUUACCUAUUCUAGGUUAGAACAAACAACAACAUGAUGGCUAAACGGAUUGCUCAAACAAUAUUAUUACUGACUACUUUAAUAAGUUUCUAUAACAUAGUAAAAGCCGAAGAAAAGUCACUUGUUAGAAUACGAAGAGAACCCCCUUCAAAGUAUGGACCACCAAAGCCAUCAAGACCCAGGCCUGUUUAUGGGCCACCAAAAUCUAAUAGUUGGUCUAAACCAGUUUAUGGUCCACCACCAAAACCUAAAUAUGGACCUCCGCCAAAAUCGAAAUACGGUCCACCAAAACCAAAUUAUGGACCUCCAAAACCCGUAUACGGACCACCAAAACCCGUAUACGGACCACCAAAACCCGUAUACGGACCACCACCAAAGCCAAAAUAUGGACCUCCUAAACCAGUAUAUGGCCCUCCAUCAAAACCAACGCAAUCUUAUGGACCACCAUCAGGAGGAGGAUUUAAACCUUCUACUUCAUAUGGAGCUCCGCCAUCAUCUUCAUAUGGAGCACCACCUUCAUCAUCAUAUGGGGCACCACCAUCAUCGUCAUAUGGGGCACCACCGUCAUCAUCAUAUGGAGCACCACCGUCGUCAUCAUAUGGAGCACCACCAUCAUCAUCAUAUGGAGCACCACCGUCAUCAUCAUAUGGAGCACCACCAUCAUCGUCAUAUGGAGCACCACCGUCAUCUUCUUAUGGAGCACCGUCGCAAAGUCAAUCACCUUCAUAUGGAUCAUCUUCUUUAAAAGUUUUCCCUUCUUUAACAUAUGAUGCUCCAAUGCUACCUUCUUCUUAUGGUGCACCACCUCCACCAUCGUCAUCAUACGGUACACCACCACAACCAUCUUCUUCAUAUGGUGCACCAUCACAACCAUCGUCGUCUUACGGUGCCCCAUCACAGCCUUCAUCGUCAUAUGGUGCACCAUCACAACCAUCAUCGUCUUACGGUGCCCCAUCACAGCCUUCAUCGUCAUAUGGAGCACCAUCUCCAUCGUCUUCAUACGGCGCUCCCGCACAACCAUCGUCUUCUUAUGGAGCACCAUCACCACCAGCCACAUCUUAUGGAAUACCAACAAAUAACUAUAAUGCACCAUCAUCUUCUCAUUCAAUUUCAAUAACUCCUUCUGUUUCACUUCCUGCCCCAUCAACUGCAUAUGGAGCACCUUCCAAUGGUCCUUCAUCUUCAUAUGGAGCGCCAUCAAAUACACCAUCAUCAUCUUAUGGAGCCCAAACAUCUGGAUCAUAUAGUUCGUUUGGUUCAUCUUCUCAUAGUAAUAACUUAGAUUCAUUUAAUAUAGGAAAUUUAUUUAAUUCCCGCACUCAAUUUAGUGCACCAAUUCCUUCAAUUACCUAUGGUUUGCCUAAAGGCAAUGGAGACAUUCAAGGCUCUUAUAGCAGUAUAUCAAACUCAGUCUCAUAUCCAGAAAAUUCUCAACAAACAACGAUUAACUCAUACGGAGAACCAACUAAUAAAAGAGAUUCAAGUCAGUCAUCAGAAGACUCGUUUAAUAUAGUCAGCUCACAAUAUAACACUCAGAGUCCAGAUACACAAACAACGCCACCAUCAAAUAUAUUACAAAGGCGUCAUAAAGAAUCUUUAGAAAGUACUGAUAGCGUGUCGUCUUCAAAUUUAGAUGAAAAACUGAAGGGGAAAAAAGUAAUUGUAAAUGACAAACUAAAUGCGUACUUAAAAUAUAUAGCCAAAAGUACACAAAAGCCAGAAGUAGGUUUUCAGGCACCUACAAAGACUUUUAGUUUUAACUACGAAGAAUCGCCUUCUCAAGUAAACGAUAGCCUUACUUCACUAAGUGAUAAUUCUCCAAUUAAUCAUAGAAAUAAUGAAUAUAAUUCUGAACAAAAUGCAAGUGCUCAUACUUAUUCAGACAAUCAAUGGAAAAUCACUGAAAGUCUAUGAUGAUAAAUUUACAAAACUUUACAAUAUACUUUUAUGUUAACGUGUUUAACUGUUGUAAAAUAUGCAAUAUAAUAAUGCAAAACUCUCAAGUUUUAUUACUUGAAGAAUAUUGUAGUAUGAAUAUUAUAAAAUAACCCAAUUUUUGCCAAUAUUCAAUGGUGAGUCAGUUAAAUUAUAAAGUAAUUAAUUAAAUAUUAAA